GAAAUAUCGAAGUAGGCAAAGAAGUGAACUCCGCGUGCUGUUUUGUUUACAAAAGAUCAACUUUUGUUUCUUUAUUCAAUUUACUUUACCAAACUGUGUUUCCAAACUUCUCUAGUUUGAGAAUCGUGAGCAAUCAUGGCAAGGCAAGAAUCAUUGUUGCCCUCUUCUUCCUUUAGCUUUGGAUGGAAAUAUGAUGUGUUUCUGAGCUUCAGAGGAGAAGAUACUCGUCACGGUUUCACUGGCUAUCUCUACAAAGCUCUUCAUGACAGGGGAAUUCAUACCUUCAUUGAUGAUGAAGAGCUUCAAAGAGGAGAUCAAAUCACACCAUCACUUGAAAAUGCAAUUGAAGAAUCCAGGAUUGCCAUCACUGUGUUCUCUAAGAACUAUGCUUCUUCUUCCUUUUGCUUAGAUGAACUUGCCCAUAUCAUUCACUGCAUCAAGGAAAAGGGUCGGAUGGUUUUGCCAAUUUUUUACGAUGUUGACCCUUCUCACGUGCGACAUCAGAGAGGUAGCUAUGAAGAAGCAAUGGCUUCUCAUGAUAAGAGGUUUAAGGAUGACAUGGAGAAGGUGCGAAAAUGGAGGAUGGCUCUGUGUCAAGCAGCUAAUUUGUCUGGCUUUCAUUUCAAACAACAAGGGAAAGAGUACGAAUAUGAGUUUAUUGAGAAGAUUGUUAAAGUGGUCUCCAACAAGAUUAAUCACUCUCCUUUAUAUGUUGCUGAUUAUCCAGUUGGAUUGGAGUCUAAAGUGCUAGAAAUAAUCUCACUUCUCAAUGUGGGAUCUGAUGGAGUCAACAUGUUAGGGAUCCAUGGAAUUGGGGGAAUAGGGAAGACAACAGUUGCUCGAGCAGUUUAUAAUGUGAUUGCUGAUUCAUUUGAAGCUUUGUGUUUUCUUGAUAAUGUUAGAGAAAAUUCAGUUAAACAUGGAUUAGAACAUCUCCAAGAAACACUUCUUUCUGAUUUAGUCGGAGAGAAGGACAUUAAGUUAGCAAGUGUCAAUAAAGGAAUUCCAAUAAUAAAGCAUAGGCUCCAGCGGAGGAAGGUUCUUUUAAUUCUUGAUGAUGUUGAUAAACGAGAGCAAUUGCAGGCAAUUGUUGGAAGGCCUGAUUGGUUUGGUUCUGGUAGCAGAAUCAUCAUUACAACUCGGGACAAGCAUUUGCUGAAAAGUCAUAGGAUUGAGAGAACAUAUGAGCUAGAUGGGUUGAAUAACAAAGAAGCUCUUGAAUUGCUUGGUUGGAAUGCUUUUAGAACUGACAAAAUUGAUCCCGAUUAUGUGGACAUUUUAAACCGUGCAGUAACUUAUGCUUCUCGACUUCCAUUGGCUUUGGAGGUAAUAGGUUCCAACUUGUUUGGAAAAAGGAUAGAAGAAUGGGAAUCUGCAUUAGAUCAGUAUGAGAGAAUUCCUAAUAAAAAGAUCCAAAAGAUACUUGAAGUAAGUUUUCAUUCUUUGGAGGAAUAUGAGCAGAAAGUAUUUCUUGAUAUUGCUUGUUGCUUCAAAGGAAAUGAUUUAGCAUAUGUCAAACAAUUACUUUAUGCUCAUCAUGAUUUUCGCCCAGAAUAUGGUAUUGGAGUGUUGAUUGACAAAUCUCUUGUAAAGAUUGAUGUGUGGGGUUGUGUAACAUUGCAUGACCUGAUAGAGGACAUGGGUAAAGAAAUUGUCAGACAAGAAGCACCGGAAGAGCCAGGCAAACGUAGUAGAUUAUGGUCCCUCAAUGAUAUAGUUCAAGUUUUAGAAGAUAAUAAGGGAACUAGUAGUAUUCAAAUCAUAAUGCUGGAUUUCCUCAAAUUUGAAGAAGCGGUUAAAUGGGAUGGAAACGCCUUUAAGGAGAUGAGAAACCUCAAAACACUUAUUAUUGGAAAAGGUUGUUUUUCGGAAGGUCCCAAACAUCUUCCAAAUAGUUUGAAAGUAUUGGAAUGGUGGAGAUAUCCCUCACCAUCUUUACCAUCUAAUUUUCAUCCAAAAAAUCUUGUGAUACUGAAGUUACCCCAAAGUCGCUCUAUUUCAAUUGAUUUGCUCAUGUCAAAUAAGGAGUUUAUGAAUAUGACAGUUCUGAAUUUUGAUUACUGUCAAUGUAUUACUGAGAUACCUGAUGUGGCUGGUGUCCCAAAUUUAGAAGAAUUAUCAUUUGAAUAUUGUGAUAAUUUAAUUGAAAUUCACAAAUCAGUUGGAUUCCUGAAUAAACUUAAAAUCUUGAAAGCCAAUGGUUGCAAGAAGUUUAGGAGUUUUCCACCCAUCAAGUUGCCCUCUCUUGAUAAACUCGAGCUUUCACACUGUCACAGUCUUGAGAAUUUUCCAGAAAUAUUAGGAGAGAUGGAAAAAAUAAAAUUUCUUCAAAUCAGUGACACUCCCAUAAAAGAACUUCCAUCUUCAAUUCAAAACCUCACUCGUCUUCGACUAAUGGCCCUGAGUUAUUGUCGAGGAGUUGUUCAGUUACCAAGGAGCAUUUCAAAGUUGCGAGAACUUGAUGAUUUGACCUUUUGGGAAUGCGAGGGAUUGCUUUUAUCUAAACAGAAUGAAGGUGAUGCACAAGUGAGCUCAUUGGUGUUUGAGAAGAACACUACAACAAAAAUGUCAUUUUGCAAUAUAUCAGACAAAUUCAUUCGAAAUGAUCUCCCUUUGUUUUGCAGUGUGCAAAGUUUAUUCCUAAGCAAUAGUAAUCUCACAAUUCUUCCUGCAUACAUCAAAAAAUGUCUCUAUUUGACAGAAAUUCUUAUUUUGGAAGCUUGCGAGAAUCUUCAAGAAAUUAGAGGGAUUUCACCCAACAUAAGAACUUUGCAAGCAACACAAUGCUCGUCCUUGACAUCCGAGUGUAGAAGCAUGUUACUGAAUGAGGAAUUGCACAAGGAGUGUGGAGACAAAAAGUUUCUCUUGCCAGAAACAAGGAUUCCAGAGUGGUUUGAGAACUGUACCAAUGGACCCUCAAUUUCUUUCUGGUUUUGUAACAAGGUCCCUGCGAUAUCUCUAUGUUUUGCUAUUCGACUUGUUUCAGAUGGCCCAACUACUAGCGGCCCAAUGGCUCAGGCCCAACUCCAGGCUCCAACCCACAUCAGCCCUAAGGGCUGA